AGGCCGUUUCGGCUUACGUAAUCCGUUUUGGUUUGAGGCCUUCUUUCCAGCGCCCGCUGUGAACUUUCCUGCGUACCUGACCUGUGUGCUCCUCCUGCGGCCAUGGCGUCCAGGGCGAUGUGCUUUGCCGCUCUGCUGGCGCAUUGCGCUGCUGCCCAGCAGGACUUCACCUUGCUCCUGCAGUCCAGCGCCUCCAUUGUCGGCGAGCAGCUGCUCUAUGCCGACCUCAGCGGCGCCUUCGAGGAGGGCUCCUUCGGCAUGCUGCCAGAGGACGCGCCCUCGUGGUGCAAGAACGAGAGCCAGCUGUCCUGGAGGCAGAGGAGGGAGCGCAUGCAGCAGCAUCUGACCCUCGAGUGGUCUAAGAAGAUGGUGAAGCAGAUGCUCGACCAGAACGAGACGGUUCCCGAGUGGAUGGACAAGAUCGUGUCCGACGACGAGAAGAGGGGCAAGUCGAAGUGGGCGGUCCAGGAGUCGAAGCGCCUCAAGGCCGAGGGGAAGGAGACCCCCAAGUGGAUGGACGAGCUCGUGGAGGAGGACGCGAAGUGGGCCAAUCGCUGGGCGGCGUGCAAGGCCGCGGAGCUGAGGGAGGCGAGCGAGGAGGUGCCCCAGUGGAUGGCCGAGAACGGCCGCAAGGGCAUCCUGGAGGCCGCGACCGAGAAGGCCGCCGAGCUCCAGGAGGAGAUCGAGGAGAUGGAGGACGAGAAGGAGAAGGAGUCGGCGCUGGUGGACGCCCAGGGCGACGUCCAGGCCGCCGGCCAGAGGAUGCUGGCCAGGAAGCGGGAGACCUCCGCGAGGACCGUGGGCUCGCAGUACCGCUUGCUGGAGGCGGCUCUGGAAGAGCUCGACCAGGCCGAGGGCGAGAUGCUGAAGGAGCGCUUCGCCGGCGCCCCGGCGGGCCCGACCCGCCGGUUCAAGCAGGCCCUCCGGAGGGCCAAGAGGGAGUCCGAGGUGCUCAACAGGCUGCUGGAGCAGAAGGCGGCGGUGCUGAACUCCCAGAUGUCGGCGGCGCACUGAUUGCGAUGGAACCUAGGACUCCCAGACCGGUUCCGAGAAGACGGGGUCGGAUGAUUUGGCCGCAGGUCUUUCUACUAGAUCAUAACCA